UUCACACACACACACACGCAACAGAAUCGAAACUGCUCCGCUUCUUAUUUAAAACGUUGCAAAAACCAUUGAACUCCAUCCUUCACCCCUCCCCUCCCAUUUCUUUGUCCCUUCCCAUACCAAACAUGGCGUUUUCAAUCCUCAUUUUUCUCUAUCUCCUUCAAUCUUUCAACCUUGCAAGCUCAGAGUCUUUUAUCGGGGUCAAUUAUGGUCAAGUUGCUGAUAACUUGCCAUCACCAUCUGCCACAGCGAAGCUCCUACAAUCAACUGCUGUACAGAAAGUUAGGCUCUAUGGUGCUGAUCCGGCGAUCAUCAGAGCACUAGCCAAUACUGGAAUCGAGAUCGUUAUUGGUGCGGCAAAUGGAGAAAUCCCUGCUUUAGCUUCCGAUCCCAAUUCUGCAACUCAGUGGAUUAACUCGAAUGUCUUACCUUACUAUCCUGCUAGCAAGAUAAUUCUCAUCACUGUUGGUAACGAGGUAUUGUUAUCAAAUGAUCAAAACCUGAUAUCUCAGCUUUUACCGGCUAUGCAAAAUAUGCAAAAAGCACUUAGCUCUGCCUCGCUCGGUGGCAAGGUUAAGGUCUCCACCGUGCAUUCCAUGGCCAUACUGUCUCGGUCCGACCCGCCUUCUUCAGGUUUGUUUAACCCAGCUUAUCAAGACACUAUGAGAAGGUUAUUGCAGUUCCAGAAGGACAAUGGUUCGCCCCUUGCCGUUAAUCCGUACCCGUUUUUUGCUUACCAGAGCGACCCGAGACCGGAGACUUUAGCUUUUUGCUUGUUUCAACCCAACUCGGGACGAGUUGACUCGGGUAAUGGGAUCAAGUACAUGAACAUGUUUGAUGCCCAGGUUGAUGCCGUAAGGUCUGCCUUAAAUGCUAUGGGAUUUAUUGACGUAGAGAUUGUGGUUGCUGAGACUGGGUGGCCUUACAAGGGUGACAGCAAUGAGGUUGGACCAGGCAUCGAGAAUGCAAGAGCUUAUAAUGGCAAUUUGGUUGCUCACCUCAGAUCAAUGGUUGGAACUCCACUAAUGCCUGGAAAAUCUGUAGAUACAUAUAUCUUCGCCCUUUAUGAUGAGGAUUUGAAAUCUGGUCCAGCUUCUGAACGAUCAUUUGGCCUUUUCAAACCCGACCUUUCGAUGACAUAUGAUAUUGGUCUUUCAAAGAGUAGCUUGCCUCCAUCUACACCAAAAACUCCAGUGACUCCGUCACCGAAGCCAACAAAAGCAGAUUGGUGUGUGCCGAAAGCUGGUGUUUCCGAUGCUCAAUUGCAGGCAAGUCUUGAUUAUGCCUGUGGACAAGGCAUAGAUUGCGGUCCCAUUCAACCAGGAGGUGCCUGUUUCGAACCAAAUACUGUUGCAUCCCACGCUUCUUAUGCCAUGAAUCUAUACUACCAGAAGUCUGCAAAGAAUCCAUGGAACUGCGAUUUCUCAGAAACAGCUACACUCACAUUCAAAAAUCCUAGUUACAAUGGCUGCACCUACCCUGGUGGGAGUGCCUGAAGAUCAGGAGGAGGUUCAUUUGGGUAUCAAAUAAAGAAGUUGAGUUGUUUUUAUAUCUGCAAUUGUAAAUGCUUUCUCCUUUAAUAGGGCAGCAUUGAUCCCUCUCUUUCGCUCUCUCUCUCUGUUCUCAUAUGAUCUAAUACUGUUUAGGUAGCAGGAAGUAUGUCUAGGACUGCAAUUAUGUUUAGAGGAACUUUAUAAACUGUCACAUGGUUUCCGUACCAUUUUUCAAAUAUCCAACUAUGUAAUCCAUCAUCCGUGACUGUUAUAGAUCCUUUCUUCGUUUUCUUUCC